AUGUCCACCGACGACGAGCUCCGCGGCCUCCUGGUGCAGGAAUCCACCGCCGCGAUCGUCUCCGGCGCCGACCCCUCCAGCCCCACCGCCCGAUCCGCCCACUUCCUCCUCCCCCGCGCGGGGGCUGCUCCCGUCCCCGCUCUGCCACCCCCGCCACGCAAUGCCGACCCUGUUCCUCCUGCCGACGAGCUCACGGUGGAGUGCACGGACUGGCCCGGCUGCUCCAAGCUGUGGAGGCGGUGGGUGGCCAAGCUUCGCCCCCGGCACGAGCGCAUGUGGCGGAAGCUUGGGAUCUUGGACGGCCUUCUCGCGACCACGGGCUGGGUGCGGUGGGACGAGGACCUGCUGCUGCAGCUCGCGGGUUUCUGGUCCGGCGAGACCAACACGUUCCUCUUCCCGUGGGGUGAGGCCACGGUGACGCUGGAGGACAUGGCCGUGCUCGGGGGCCUGCCCCUGCUGGGCGGGCCGGUGUGGUCGCGGCUCCCGGACGAGCUCCGCGGGGACGUGGACGCGCUCGAAGCCGUCCGGAUCGCGCUCAACUGGAGCAAGAGCAAGAAAGUCAAUUAUACCUUGUGGAUUAAGCACUUCAUCGAGGAGAACGGUGCCGGUGCCGGUGCCGGUGCCGCUGGCGACGGCAGAGGAGAGGCCGAGGUGGCCACAUUGCUCGAGCACGGGGCGUUUCUGGCCAUGUGGUUGACCAGAUACGUGCUUCCGGUGGAGUCAUUCGACGUGGUCAGAGCGGACGUGCUCCCCCUCGCCGCCGGACUGGCGCGCGGCAGGUGCUCGGCCCUCGCACCUGCCGUACUUGCCAACAUCUACAAUGACCUCUCCGCGCUCAGUCACCACUUAAGCUUGGGCGCCAGCCAUCAGCCGUUCGUGGCCAGUGCGCCACUGCACAUCCUCCAGCUAUGGGUCUGGGAGCGCUUCCCGGAGCUUUGCCCUGCCAUCAACUCCCACGAUGGCGAUCCCGGCAUGCCGAGGGCUGCCAAGUGGUACAAUAUCAGAAGGAUGCUUGACCCUGGGCACAUCCAUGCAGUGUUCAUGUCCCCGGAGGCAUUCCAAUGGAGGCCUUACGGAGGCAGUAGCAUUGCUCUGCCACCAGGCAAGGGUGGCUGCUGGGUGCACUGCCAUGAAGUAGCAACAAGCAAGGAAUUGCAAUCCUUCGCGCAAUGCCUCCGACCUUGCGAACUUGUCGGCAUGCAAUGCAUCGAGCAGUACUGUCCGCACCGCGUCGCAAGGCAGCUCGGCUUCGACCAGGACGUGCCUGGGACUGUUGCCCGUGCCAACUCAAGUCGAAAGACGGCGUGGGCGACAUACAAGAUGCAGCCUGAAAAUGUUUCGCUCUUCGUUCCGCAGCGCGAUCCGGGCGUGACGGUUGAAUACGCACAAUGGUGGCAGCAAUACUCGUCGGCAUGCGCUGCUGCCAUUGCUAAUGCUGCAAGGAUGAAACAACUUCAUGUUACUGUUGUAGGAUGCGGUAAAAAGCGGCACUUGGAGGCUGGGAUGAGCCUGCAAGAUGAUACAGAGCAGGACGAGAUUCUGCUGGAAGAGACGCAUAUUCUGGAAGAUGACACGGCAAAGCAAAAUUCAGAAACCGUGAAGGAUUUUGUGCCAAGAUGGGCAGGAAAAGGUAGGCGUAGGGCAAUUUCACGCAAAGUUGCUGAGAAAGCUAUCUCUGAUGCAGAGGCAAUUUUGGUGAGUGAAUUUGAUAAACCACUGUGUGGGCCGGUCACCAAGAAUGAGCAUUUUCAAAAGCAAGCAUCAGGCUCGGUUGUUACGUAUGAUGAAAAGAAUCUCAGUUCAGAACAUGGUGAAGUCAAGGGUGCAGCGAGCGCUAGAAGCAACAAAGGCAUUGGAGCUGCAAUUGGAGCGGACAUGUAUUCAAAUCUUCCAGACAUCUUGGCUAUCAGUGGUAAUGAGUUGGAUGAAAUAUUCAGAAAGGAUAGCGAGGCGAGCGCAAUUUAUAUGGAAUUGUCCAAGUUGACGAUGGCAACAUCCAACUCAGAUCGGCCAAAUGAAGAAUUCGAACGACAUCUGGUCACCAUAAGAAGAGAUGAGCAGGACUGCAGCGAGUCCAAGGAUAUCAUGGUGCCAAAAAACUGUGAUUAUGAGCUUCCUGCUGCCCAAAGUGAUAGCACCCUCAGACAAGGACCAGUUAAUAAAGUAACUCAUGCCAUUAAUGUUCAAACUAAUGUUGAUGUCUUAGAAGGACGCAUUGAUGAAAUGCAGGCACGCAAUGUAAUGGCAGAGGGAGAUCAGAGAGCGAAGGUGGACAGACAAAACUCAACUGUUUUCAAAGGAAACAAUGAUGAUGCAUCUUAUAAUGGUCUAGCACAUGGAAAUAAUGAACUGGGCAAGAGAGUCAUUUCUACUAAAACACUCUACUAUCUUAGACCAUUCGAGCGGGUGAAAGAUGCUCAGGUCAGAGAUUCAAGAGCCACCAAUGCAGGUCAAGUAAUUUUCCAACCAGGACGGGAAGUCGGAACAACGGAAAUGAUUAGAGAGGCGUCUCAAGCUCGAGAAGCAGAAAAGGUUGAAUUGGAAACAAUAAUUGAUCAUCUUAAGAAACAAGUGGUGGCGCUAGAGGUGCAGUUGCGGGACAGGAGAACCUAG